CUUGUUGUGUACUAUCUAUAGUGAAAGUUGAUUUGUCAAUUGUAUCUCUAUGCCUCAGUUGUGUGAAUCAUUGAAGCACCAAGCAUUGGUGCAGCUUAGGAGUGGUGUUUCUACAAGAAAAGUUGCAGACUCACUUGGAAUGAGUGAGUCUUCAGUAGCUCAUCUGAGGAGGGAGAUUAGUGGUGAAAUAGAAAAGCAAAGAAGAGGACGUCCAAAGGUUUUAGGAGAGCAAGAGAAGCGACUUGGUGUGCACCUUGUCACUGUUGGUUGUCUCAAAACGGCAAGUGCAGUUGCAAAACAACUUCGAGAAAAAACAGAUUUGAAUCCAAUGGAACAUUUUUGGGCCCUUCUCAAACAACAUUUAAGCCAAGUCACUCCAAGGCCAAGAGGUGUUCAAGAAUUGUGGGAGAAUGUUUGUAGUAUUUAUCCUAGUUUUGAUGCAAAAGAUUGUGAGAAACUAUACAUAAGUAUGCCAAGAAGGAUUUCAGUUGUUUGGGAAGCAAAAGGUUAUUGGACUAAAUAUUGAAGUUUGAAGAUUUUCUUUGAACAAUACUGAGUACAAGACAUAGUUGUUGAUUUGACUUUGUAGAAGGAUGUUUAGUUAUCAAUUUGAUGUGCAACUUUGUACAUGUGUA